GUUAACUGCUUAUCGGUGUUCUACAGGAUAUAUCACGGAGAGUGUGUGAAAGAAUUGUACGAUGUAAUUCCGACUUUCCCUUUCCAUCACCGGGGGACUAGAUAUAGGCUCGUGUUCCACCUUUAUGUUUAAUGAAGAAAUUCUACUCCAUCUCUCCCGAGAAACUAAAGGCGAACUACAAUCACAGAUUUAGUAAAGAAGAAAUAUUACAAAAAUUUGAUGUUUUGAGGAAUAAUCCUUUCCAAGACCGCUUCUUCAAAGUUUUCUCAUCAAAGAAAGAUGGACACUUCUCAUUUGAAGAUAUAUUGGACCUAGCCUCGGCCAUGAGCCCCGAUUGUUCUCUGGAAGCCAAAGCGGAGUGGGCUUUCAAGUUAUAUGAUUUAGAUGAAGACAAUCAAAUCUCGGAGAGGGACAUCACUGAAAUUAUAGACCGGAUAACGUGUGACCCGAACUGCUAUAACAGAUAUCUCGACAAUGAAUUGAAGAAGAAAAUUGCCAAUAUUAUUUUAGAAGAGCUCAAGCUUGACAGUACUGGGAGUAUCGGAUUAAUUGAAUUCAAGAUUAUGAUGUCCAGAAUACCGGAGUUUGUCUCAUCGUUUUACUUUAGACUUUAGGUAUAACACCCUUGAGUUUAACUUGUAGUU